AUGUCUGGCGACACGGUCGAGGACCAGCUCAACAAGGGCAACCAGUUCGGCUCCAACAACGACUCGUACGGCUCGAACAACAACUCGAGCUACGGCUCGGGCAACAACGACUCGUACGGUUCGGGCAACAACGACUCGUACGGCUCUGGCAACAACAAUAGCUCGUACGGCUCGGGCAACAACAACUCCAGCUUCGGCUCUGGCCGUGACAACGACAACUCCUACGGUUCGUCUGGUCGUGACAACGACAACUCCUACGGCUCGUCUGGCCGCGACAACUCCUCGUCCGGCUUCGGCGGCUCCUCGGGCCGCGACAACGACUCGUACGGCUCGGGCAACCAGUCGUCCGGCUUCGGCUCUGGCCGCGACAACGACAACUCGUACGGUUCCUCCGGCCGUGACAACGACCGCAACCAGUCCUCUGGCUUCGGCUCUGGCCGCGACAAUGACAACUCGUACGGCUCCUCUGGUCGCGACAAUGACAACUCGUAUGGCUCCUCGGGUCGUGACAACGACAACUCCUACGGCUCGUCUGGCCGCGACAACAACUCUUCCGGCUUCGGCGGCUCCUCCGGCCGCGACAACGACAGCUACGGCUCGGGCAACCAGUCGUCUGGCUUCGGCUCCGGCCGUGACAAUGACAACUCGUACGGCUCUUCCGGCCGCGACAACGACUCCUACGGCUCGGGCAACAAGUCCUCGGGCUUCGGCGGCAACGACGACUCGUACGGCUCCUCCGGCCGCCAGGGCCAGUCGGGCGGCUUCGGCUCGUCGGACAAUGACUCUUACGGCUCCGGUCGCCAGGGCCAGUCCGGUGGCUUUGGCUCCAACGAUGACAAUGACUCGUACGGCUCUGGUCGCCAGAACCAGUCCGGCGGUGGCUUCGGCGGCCAGUUCUAG